AUGUCGUCCUUCUUCACGGCUCCGGACGCCCAGAAGAAGAGAAAACGCACAGUAGCCAAAGAAGCGCCAAAAAAGCGGCUUGCAACCACAAAGGCGUCCGCAAAAUCCGUGGCCAAAGCCCCCGCCAAACCAGCACCCGCCCCGAAACGAAAGGCCAUUGAGCGCGAUGAGUCGAUAUCAGGCAGCGACCUCGAGAGCGAUGAGAGUGGAGAUGACUUUCGGGAGCGGAGCGGCUCCGAGGGCGCCUCUGACGAGUCAGAUAACGAGGGAGAGACGGCGGCCGAGAAGCGGUUGAGGUUAGCACAACGGUACCUCGAAAAAACACGGCAGGAGGUGGAAUUGGAUGAGUAUGCAUUCGAUGCAGAGGAAAUUGACAGGGACUUGCUCGCCGAACGGUUACAGGAGGAUGUCGCCGAGUCCAAAGGCAAGGUCUAUCGUCGAUUGGCAGCAGAGCUAGACUUUGGGAGGGCAGCACACACUCAAUUUCGUUGGAACUCGGGGUCCGUAACCUCCGUUGCGAUCUGUCCCCCCUACGCAUAUACCACAACCAAGGAUGGCUAUCUCACAAAGUGGAAGCUGCAAGACCUACCCAAGGACCAAUGGCCGCAGACAACAAGACGGAAACCCAAAAAACCUCCUGCACCGCCCAAACGGAAGCCCGAGAGGAUAUGCUUCGCCAAAGCGAAUCCCAGCAAAGCUAAAGAUAAGACAUAUCAGGGCCAUAUAGGUGCCCCCAUCGCCGUCAAAGCCUCCCAAGAUGGCAAGUACGUCGUGACGGGCGGCGUGGAUCGGCGACUCGUCGUCCACAACGCCGCCGACCUCAAGCCCAUCCGCGCCUUCACCCAGCACCGCGAUGCCAUCACUGGUCUCGCUUUCCGCCGCGGCACGAACCAGCUCUUCUCUUGCUCCAGAGACCGCACGGUCAAAGUCUGGUCAUUGGACGAACUAGCCUACGUAGAGACCCUGUUCGGACACCAAGACGAGAUUCUCGACAUCGAUGCGCUGGCCCAAGAGCGCUGCGUCAGCGUCGGCGCGCGGGACCGCACAGCCCGCUACUGGAAGGUGCCCGAGGAGUCCCAGCUCGUCUUCCGGGGCGGCGGUGACGGCGGAGCCAGCAAGAAGCACAAACUACCCCCCAACAUCGACCCCGCGUCAGCCGCCCACGAAGGGAGCAUGGACCGUGUGGCCAUGAUCGACGACGAGAUCUUCGUCACGGGCAGCGACAACGGCGACCUUGCGCUGUGGAGCAUACAGCGGAAGAAGCCCCUGCACGUGGUGCCCCGCGCGCACGGUAUCGAGCCGCCGCUCAAACCGUCCGAGGCGUCGGCCGACGCGGAUCCCGACCCCAAGGUCGUACCCGCACCGCAGCCGCGGGGCAUCACGGCGCUGCGGACGAUACCGUACUCGGAUGUGAUCAUCAGCGGCAGCUGGGACGGGUGCAUCCGUGUGUGGAGGUUGAGCGAGGACAAGAAGAAGAUUGAGGCUGUUGGCAUCUUAGGUGGCGCGUCACCGUCUUCGGGGUCAACACCACCAACAACAACGUCGUCAUCGUCAUCGUCGACAAUGCCGAACGGCGUGAAUGGCGAGGAGAAAUCAUUGGGUCAAGAGCCAAGCGGCGACCUAGUCAGGGGCAUUGUCAACGACAUUGCAAUGUUUGAGCGUGGAGACAGGGGAAGGGAUGGGCUGUGCGUUGUGGCUGUCACGGGUAAGGAGAUGCGCCUGGGCAGGUGGAAGUACAUGAAGGAGGGCCGGUGCGGUGCUGUGGUAUUUGAGGUGCCCAAGGUGCCGAGAAGCAACAAGGCUGGGGUAAACGGGGAUCACCAGCCAGACACAAACGGAGAUGAGCCGUGA